AUGGCUUCCCUCGGCGGCGCCGCUCUCCAGCUGCACGCGGCCGUGGCCGUGCUUCGCACAGCGGCGGCCGCCGGCAAGCUGUCCGCAGGCAAGGCAGUCCACGCGCAUAUGCUCAGAGCCUCCCAUUUCCACGUCGUCCUGCACAACCACCUCAUCGCCUUCUACGCCAAGUGCGGCUGCCUCGGCCUCGCCCGCCGGGUGUUCGACGCAAUGCCCUCCCGCAACCCGGUCUCCGGGAACCUCCUCAUGUCCGGCUACGCCUCCUCCGGCCGCCACGGGGACGCGCUCACGCUGCUCAGGGCGGCCGGCUUCGGCCUCAACGAGUACGUUCUGUCCACCGCCGUGUCCGCCACGGCCCAGGUCCGGAGCUACGACAUGGGGAGGCAGUGCCAUGGGUAUGCCGUCAAGUCUGGGCUGGCGGACCACCACUAUGUCUGCAACGCGUUGCUGCACAUGUACUGCCAGUGUGCUCGCGUGGAGGACGCGGUCAAGGUGUUUGAGAGCGUGUCUGGUUUCGACGCGUUCGCCUUCAACUCGAUGAUCAAUGGGUUUCUUGACAAGGGCAAGUUUGAUGGUUCGGUCAGGGUUGUGAGAAGCAUGGUCGGAGAAGUUGAGCAAUGGGACCAUGUGUCGUAUGUCGCGGUUCUCGGGCAUUGUGCUAGCACCAAAGAGCUGCUGCUUGGUCGUCAAGUGCAUGCCCAGGCUCUGAAGAAGAGGCUCGAGCUGAAUGUGUAUGUGGGCAGCGCGCUGGUUGAUAUGUACGGGAAAUGUGAGUGUGCCUCUGAUGCUCAUUCCGCGUUCGAGGUUUUGCCAGAAAAGAAUGUUGUUUCUUGGACAGCUGUUAUGACUGCUUAUACCCAAAAUGAGCUGUUUGAAGAGGCAUUACAGUUAUUCUUAGAUUUGGAAAUGGAAGGAGUUCGGCCAAAUGAGUUCACUUAUGCUGUGGCUCUCAACAGCUGUGCUGGUCUUGCAGCCUUGAAAAAUGGCAAUGCACUUAGUGCCUCUGCUGUGAAAACUGGGCAUUGGAGUGCUCUCUCUGUCUGUAAUGCCCUCAUUAAUAUGUAUGCAAAAAGUGGCAGCAUUAGUGAUGCAUGGAGAGUCUUCCUUUCUAUGCCAUGGCGCGAUGUGGUCUCUUGGAAUUCGAUCAUAAUAGGCUAUGCUCAUCAUGGCCUUGCGAGAGAAGCCAUGUGUGUAUUUCAUGAUAUGUUGUCUGCUGAAGAAGCCCCAUCCUAUGUGACCUUUGUUGGGGUGCUGUCAGCUUGUGCACAGUUGGGUCUUGUCGAUGAAGGAUUGUACUACUUGAACAUUAUGAUGAAGGAAAUGGGUAUAAAACCUGGAAGAGAGCAUUACACUUGCAUGGUUGGUUUGCUGUGCAGAGCUGGACGGCUAGAUGAGGCGGAACAGUUCAUACUGAGCAGUUGUAUUGGCACUGACGUUGUCGCGUGGAAAUCGCUUUUAGGUUCUUGCCAGGUAUAUAAAAACUAUGGCCUGGGUCAUCGAGUAGCUGAACAGAUCCUUGAGUUGAAGCCCAAUGAUGUAGGAACCUAUGUUUUGCUUUCUAACAUGUAUGCAAAAGCAAACCGAUGGGAUGGUGUCGUGAAGGUACGGAAGCUGAUGAGAGAGAUGGGUGUUAGGAAAGAGCCUGGUGUUAGUUGGAUUCAAGUAGGAAGUGAGGUCCAGGUUUUCACAUCAGACGACAAGAAUCACCAAUGGAUAAACCAGAUCACCAUAAAGCUCAGAGAGUUGAUAGACCAGAUCAAAGUGAUUGGAUAUGCUCCAAAUUUUGCGGUUGUCCUACAUGAUGUUGAGGAUGAACAAAAGGAAGAGCAUCUUAUGUAUCACAGUGAGAAAAUGGCUCUUGCCUUUGGCCUUAUUCACAGCCCCGAAGGAGCAACUAUCCGUAUAAUGAAAAAUCUCAGGAUAUGCGAUGAUUGCCAUGUUGCCAUCAAACUCAUCUCUCUUGUGACAAGAAGAAGAAUAGUUGUGAGGGAUACUGUUAGGUUUCAUUGUAUCGAGGAUGGAGUGUGCUCAUGUGAUGACUAUUGGUGAUCCAUACCUUGGUUGUUAGAAGUUCCAGACCAUAUAUGUUGUUCUAGGCAUCAACAUGGUGAGUUCUGUUUCCUACUGGCAGAAGUUGUUGCCUAGGUUUAAGUAAACAUCACCAGGAUAUCUGCUCAGGUUUUCCAGCAAGCAUGGUUUUCCUCUUCCUCCGCACGAGGUGUGAUGUUCUUCCACUUUGCAUCUUGAGCAGGGUUCUUGGUGCUGCCCGGUACCCUGCUCCCAUCUUGCAGCAGAUCCUCUUGCUGCCAACAUUGCUCAGGUGUACAUCCCUGCGAUUGAUUUCUUCCUUGCUCCUUUGAACUGUUGUGAUAUUCCUUCUUCAAGGAGAUUUUGUUUGCAGAACUGAAGGCUAAAAAUCAUAGUGCACGUCUACUUGUGAAGACGAUGAGAGGGGUAAUUCUUGGAUAGACAUGGAAGAGCUCCGCCGGUUGUGGUUUUCAUGAUGCAUGGCCAAUCAAUUUUGUUGCCGAGCUUGACUGAAUGCCACUUUCUGAAAUGGCCCACACUGUUAAUACAGAGGAGGAUCGCUUCUUGCAGGCUUCCUCCCAAGUUUACUGAUUUAUCUCUGUGCACACUGAAUGUGUGGCACCAGCUUAUGAUGCUUCUAGGAAUAACUCUAUGCCAAACACGCCUUUAGAAGACCGUGGUGGUAUCCAUACAAGAAAAUUUUCAUUCUUCUGAAUUCUGAUACAUGAUAAUCAUUCAGCACUUUCACUCAUUGAUCCUACUGCAAGGAGGAAGUCUGGCGGAGCACCCUCCCCGAUGAAAUCCUCAGUAAGAUUAUCUCCUUCCUCUCCAUCAAAGACGCCACCCGCACCCAGACCCUCGCCUUCGGUUUGCGCUGCCUCUGAUGGUCCAUUAUAUCUAUAGAAUGUGUCUUGAGCUCCUGGGCGUCCAAUCUGCAAGGGGAGUUAUCCUGGUCGCAUGCCUUCUUCAGAGCAUGUAUGUAGCAGCUGCAUGCAUCUACAGUCUCUUCAGUGGAGUAGUAUAGUAUACCUGCUUGUGACUUGUGAGUUAAUUUGAGAGUGAAUUCCACAUUUUACCACCUAGAUGUGCAUUUGUGACACUAAUUACCCCGUCGAGUUGAAAUUCAUCUAGAAUACCCCUUUAAGAA